GGAGAGCGGAUGACAGCGGCCGCGGAUCCUGUGGGAAUAAAGCACACGCUGUCGGUAAAAGACGCCGUUUUGUGACUGUGGACUGCUGAUUAUCUGGUUAUUUGCAGCUCACAGCUGUUUAUAUCACCGCCUACCUUUGCUUUGAGCGCUCUCUGCAGCUGCUGGCGGCGGUCGCGGACUGUUAGCUGCAACGUUAGCUCGACCGGAGGCGGGAUGUGAAUGAAUCCAGACGGGACCAGCCCCCGGAGCGCCGGCAGGAACUGCCAGUCACACCCUUGUCUGGAGGGGAAAAGAAGAUGCUCUGAACGCUGAAAGCAUCAUGAGACCGCUCCCAUUGCCGUGUCUGCGUGGUUUUAAUCAGCUCGCGGAUUGUUGAGGCUCCCGGAUUGCACUUUUUGGGGCUCCAGUCGGGCUGAACUGGGAAGUGUGGGCUGGAUAUGACUGACUCAUCGCCAUGGCCCGGGCGGAGCAGAUAACCCUGAGCAGUGUGUGUGCCGCAGUGACAGCCAGGCACGGCUGAGUGCUCCGCUACGCCCUCGAUUCCUUCUCACUUGUCGGCUGGAUUUCGCGGUCAGCGCGGCACCAUGUACACCUUCGUUUCCCGCGAUGACAACAGCACCGUUUAUGCAGAAGUUUCCAAAAUCCUCCUGUCGACGGGACAAUGGAGGAGGCUGAAGAGAGACAAUCCCAGGUUCAACCUGAUGCUGGGCGAGCGGAACAGGCUGCCCUUUGGACGCCUGGGUCAUGAACCCGGCCUGGUGCAGCUGGUGAACUACUACAGAGGAGCAGACAAGCUGUGUAGGAAAGCAUCCUUGGUCAAGCUUAUAAAGACCCGCCCAGAGCUGUCCGACUCCUGUAACUGGUUUCCAGAGUCCUACAUAAUCUACCCGACCAAUCUCAACACUCCUGUUGCUCCAGCCUCCAAUGGCAUCAGUCAUCUGAAGAGCAAUCCUAAAACGGAUGAGCGGGAAGUGUUUCUGGCCUCCUAUCAUGCGAAAAAGGAAAGCGGUGAGGGGACGGUGUGGAUCGCCAAGUCGUCCGCUGGAGCUAAAGGUGCUGGUAUUUUGAUAUCCCACGAUGCAAAUCAGCUGCUGGAGUACAUCGACAAUCAGGGACAGGUGCACGUUAUCCAGAAGUACCUGGAGAAGCCGCUGCUCCUGGAGCCCGGACACCGCAAGUUUGACAUCAGGAGCUGGGUGCUGGUGGACCAUCAGUAUAACAUCUACUUGUACCGGGAGGGGGUGCUGCGCACGUCCUCGGAGCCGUACAACAGCGCCGACCUGCAGGACAUGACCAGCCACCUGACCAACCACUGCAUCCAGAAGGAGCACUCGCAGAACUACGGCCGCUACGAGGAGGGCAACGAGAUGUUCUUCGACGAGUUCAGGCUUUACCUGCUCAACACCCACAGCGUGACGCUGGAGUCGUCCAUAUUACCUCAGAUCAAGCAGAUCAUCAAGAGCUGUCUGACGUGCAUCGAGCCUGCGAUCAGCACCAAGCACCUGUCCUACCAGAGCUUCCAGCUCUUCGGCUUCGAUUUCAUGGUGGACGAGAGCUUCAAAGUGUGGCUCAUUGAAAUCAACGGCGCGCCGGCCUGUGCACAGAAGCUGUACGGAGAGCUCUGUCAGGGUAUCGUGGACGUGGCCAUUUCCAGCCUCUUCACACUCGCCGGCGACUCUUCCUCUGCGUCGUCUUCGCCGUACUCCUCCUCCCCGUCCUCCUCGUUCGCCACCGGCGCCUGCUCCUCUCCCAAACUGCGAGCGCCUCUCCACGUGGGUCCCUUCACCCGGCUGUAAGCACACGCCUCGCCUCCCCGCCGCCUGGCGAGCCCAGGCCCGUCACAAACCAACGCUUUGUGCGUGUGUGUGUGUGUGUGUGUGGACAUGUUCAUGCUCCUCUCAUUAUGCAUGUUGACGAACGUCCCGGGAGAAGCCCCGCCCCCCUUCCAUCCAGCCCCGCCUCCUGCGUGAGGAACACAGACUGCAGUGCCUUACAUUUCCACCCAGGCUCCCUUAAAAGAACCAGACAGAUGAAAGCCUGCCGGCUCGCCGCUCCUCCUGCUGCUCAGUCGAGUCAACACAUUUUCGGUCUCAUCCUGACCUCUUUUCUCAUCAGGCACUUUUUUAUUUUUGAUAGCUGGAGUGAGAAUUACAAAGAGUAAUCCAGAGGUUAUAGAGGUCAAAGGUCGCCGAUCUUCUGAGUGUGGAAGCAAAGUGAGCAGGUUCUAAACAAGCGUCCCAGAAUACCUAGGUGUUUGUCGUGUUGUUUGAAGAGAGCAUGUUCGUGUGACAGCAUGUAGCAGACGCCGGUCCCGGUAACGUGUCGUGUUGAUUAUGUUUCUGAACAGAAGUAGAGUAGAAGCGUGCGGUGGGGAGACGUUCGGAGGCCCCAUUGAAAUAAAACCGACCCGCAGCGACAGGGUGUCAGACUCCACCGAGCUGACCGGCUCUGAUCGCAGAGCAUGACUUGAACUUCUCUGCUGUCUCUUUCCGUGCUUCAGGUUUCAAUACGAUCGACACGUAUUCAUCUAAAGCUUCGUCUCAUUUACCGUUUCUAGUAAUAAUGAGUGUCAGAAUGAAGGACUUUAUUCUCUGCAUGGUUUUAUUUGUCAUCAGUUUUUUGUUUCAUGGGGUUUUUAGAUAUUUGUCUUUUUAAUUGAUUUUAGUGUUUGUGUGGGUAGAUCAGACUGUAGUACUGUAGCUGUCGGACGAACCGUCAAAUGAGCUUGUUGUUAAUAUUUUUCUCCUUGCUCUUCAGCGGCACUCCCAGGCAGGCGGCUUGGGUUUCUCUUGGCUCAUGAACUUCAGAAUUAGUUAUUUUUUGUGUUUAUUUUCUGAUAGUAAGAAUUCUGUGAUCUUUCCAUUUUUUUUUAAACAUCUUCUCAAACUAGUUUAGGAUCGUUUAACCAUUUAAUCCUUUUUCCGCCUCAUACUUUGAUUCUCUUGGGGAAAUUCUCUGCAUUUGAACUCAUCCUAUUUCACUGAAACUGCACGUUGAGUUUAGCCGCCACAGGAUGAACACAGGCGAGCCUCUAGAACCUCCACACCACCACCACGACAGUAUCUGGACAAAUAUGAGUCUGGAUCAGGAUUCAGGCCGGACAGACAUUUGAGGAAGAGGAGGAUAUUGUAGAAUUUAAAGUCGGUGUGCAGCAAAUUCAUCUUAACACUCGACGCCCCCCGAUGGCUCUUGGAACUCAGACAGGACGGAGUUUCAGUUUUAAUCAAACAGAAAAUCACAGUAGUUAAAAACUCCAGAUAAUUGUACUCAGUUCAUUUAUUUCUCUGAUCAUUAAAACCUUUCUUGGUGGUUCACGGCACUAUAUUCAGCUAAGCUGUAUCCUAUUUAAUCUUUUCUUUUACCGGCUUCCUCCUCUCAUUUAAACGGGUUUCCUGUCACUCCGCCGUGUUGGGACGCCGCAGAGGGAUGAAGAGUCGGGCGCGCCGGCUCCUCGUCCGCUGACACUGUGAUGGAUGUGGUUAAAUCUCCCUUUUCGGCUGCGGCUCUGAAAUGUUUGAAUGUUUGAGAAAAAAUAUACCGGGAGAGAAAUCAGUAUUAAAUUGACUCAUUGUGAAAAUGUGGUGACCAAAAAACAUCAGUAUUAAAAGUGAAGUAGUUAAAAUGUAAAUGAAGGAGACGGUGCCUUAGAGAGAAUCUAUAUUGAUGUAAACAAAAGAACAGCAGACCUCCAGCGUCUCGAUGCACCUUCAGGUCUUUAAGGAGACUGUUGGAUUUCAGCGAUGUCAUUUCCUCUUAUUUGAAGUUGUUUCGAAUAUUUGAUUCAUCCUAUUGUGUUUUUUUUCAUGUCUUUUGUAUUUCCUCAUCUUUACCAAAGAUUAAAGUUCCUGCUGUCCUCUCAGUGUCAGUAUCUGAACGUCAUGACGGCGUCUGGUCGACUCCGUCUGGAAGCAGAUAUUAGAUCCAGGAGGACUUGUGCUGUGGUUUUUCUUAGGUGAUGUCUGUCCCAAAUCUUGCAUGUGUGUUUGUCUUUAUCUGAAAUAUUAGAAUAAAACAUUUACUGUC